GCGCGCGCCCGCCUGAGCCUGUCUGAACUGUCUGUCCUGUGGUUGAGCGCCCUUUCCUGCCCGCGACUGGCGCGAGCUAUCAUAGCUGUAGCAUUUCAGAUCAGCAAUAUGUGAGGUUAACUAAAGGAAGAAAAACAGGAAGCAAGACAUGACGUCAGGGGUUUCUAUAGCCUGAACAAUAUACCUCAAAACUCCAUGAUCCAAGGACUUCUUUCAGGGGAACUUCUUUCAAAGGCGUCUUCUCACUAAGUCGCAAGCGAGUUGCGUGUUCCCGCCCUGUCACUAUUGGCCGACCUUUCCGGGCGGAGCCUGGUGACGUCAUUCGGUUCCAUGGCGGCAAGACGGCGGGGACCUUUCAGCGGUCGAACCCGAGCUUCUGCAGCAUUAAAGGAAACUGACAGAGUUAAUGGCAACAAAGCAGCAGAAGAACCUCCUGCUGCCAAGAAAAGCCGAAGAUGUGGGAGGCAGGUAGUAAAAAAGGAGCCUGUGGCUAAAGGAACGGCUGAUGAAAGGACAGAAGACAAAGAAUCUGUGAAGACUUUGCUGAUAAAGGGCAAAGCUCCCGUUGACCCAGAGUGCACAACCAAGGUUGGAAAGGCCCAUGUGUACUGUGAAGGGAAUGACGUCUAUGAUGUCAUGCUAAAUCAGACCAAUCUCCAGUUCAACAACAACAAGUACUAUUUGAUUCAGCUGUUAGAAGAUGAUGCUCAAAGAAAUUUCAGUGUUUGGAUGAGAUGGGGCCGAGUUGGGAAAAUAGGUCAGCACAGCUUGGUGGCUUGUUCACAGGACCUCAACAAAGCCAAGGAAAUCUUUCUGAAGAAAUUCCUUGACAAAACAAAUAACAAUUGGAAUGACCGUGAGAAGUUUGAGAAGGUGGCUGGAAAAUAUGAUAUGCUGCAAAUGGACUAUAGCACCAACACUCAGAGUGAAGAGGAAACAAAAGAAGAAGAAUCUCUUAAAUCCCCCCUGAAACCAGAGUCACAGCUAGAUCUUCGUGUGCAGGAGCUGAUAAAGUUGAUCUGUAAUGUCCAGGCCAUGGAGGAGAUGAUGAUAGAAAUGAAAUACGAUACCAAGAAAGCCCCACUUGGGAAGCUGACAGUGGGACAAAUCAAGGCAGGCUACCAGUCUCUUAGGAAGAUUGAAGAUUGCAUUCGAGCUGGCCAGCACGGACGAGCUCUUGUGGAAGCAUGCAAUGAAUUCUACACCAGGAUCCCACAUGAUUUUGGGCUCCGGACCCCUCCAUUAAUCCAAACAGAGAAAGAACUGUCAGACAAAGUACAACUUCUGGAGGCUUUGGGAGAUAUUGAAAUUGCCAUUAAACUGGUGAAGACAGAGCUUCAAAGCCCAGAACACCCAUUGGAUCAACACUAUAGAAAACUGCAUUGUGCCUUGCACCCUCUGGACCAUGCAAGUAAUGAGUUCAAAGUGAUUUCCCAGUACCUGCAGUCUACCCAUGCUCCCACACACAGUGACUAUACAAUGACCUUGCUGGAUGUUUUUGAAGUAGAGAAGGAGGGUGAAAAAGAAGCCUUCAGAGAGGACCUUCAUAACAGGAUGCUGCUAUGGCAUGGUUCCAGACUGAGCAACUGGGUGGGAAUUCUAAGUCAUGGCCUUCGAAUUGCCCCAGCUGAGGCUCCCAUCACAGGUUACAUGUUUGGAAAAGGAAUCUACUUUGCUGACAUGUCUUCUAAGAGUGCCAAUUACUGCUUUGCCUCCCGCUUAAAGGAUAUUGGGCUGCUGCUUUUAUCAGAGGUAGCUCUAGGUCAGUGUAAUGAACUAUUAGAGGCAAAUCCUGAGGCAGAAGGAUUACUUCAGGGCAAACACAGCACCAAGGGGAUGGGCAAGAUGGCACCCAGCCCUACUGCUUCCAUCACCCUGAAUGGGAGUACAGUGCCCUUAGGACCAGCGAGUGAUACCGGAAUUCUGAAUCCGGAUGGUUAUACCCUGAACUACAAUGAAUUUAUCGUCUACAACCCCAACCAGGUCCGUAUGCGAUAUCUUCUCAAGGUUCAAUUUAAUUUCCUGCAGCUGUGGUAAAUGUUGAUAUUAGAUAAACCAGAGAAGAUAGGAUCUUCAAGCAAGAAAAUAAGCAAUGUUGUACUUUUGAAUUUUCUAUAAUAAAAAUACUACAAAUCU